AUGGCGGCGCCGGGAAGUUGGGAGGAACCGCUGCAACGCAUCACUGCAGCCGCCUGCGAUCCAACGUGGUACUACGACAAGGUUGUGGUGCUUCUGCGAGGUCUCCCUGGCAGUGGCAAAAAUUGGAGAGAAAUGCGCGGCAUGGAUGACGAGCAGCUUCUACUUGACGACUUCGCGUCGUCGUUACGAGCCGCAGACGUGGUGGUUGUGGAUGAGAGGAACAUUGCCCAGGCUGAAUGGCAACCAUUCGUUGAUGCAGUGGAAGAAUACAACGUAGGCCCGGAGAAAGAAGGCGCUAUCUACGUGGUACUGUUCUCGGGUCGUGGUGAAGUACACGCCCACCAACUCAAUCUGCGCUCACCGGCUCCACUCGACCCUGAGGAUCUUGGCCGUUGCUACAGGGACUUUGUUACUGGUGCUGACAGCGGCUCGCGUGCUGUGUUGACGUUCGACGUGGACCCCGAUAUCUAG